CCUCUCCCCAGUUCUGUAAGCCCAUGAGGAGAGAGGAAGGCCUUUCUCUCCAUGCUCCUUUUGCGGGAACUCCCUGGCACCAAGGCCAGGGGGGAAAGGACAGUCUCUGAUGAGGAUGGGUCUCUAGGCUGCUCUGAGUGCUGUCCCUGCACUGAAGAAGUUAUAGUUCCCUCCCAGGCGGCCCCCUCCCUGCCCCUCAGCUCAGCCUCAAUCAAGAAGUUCCCCAUCUUUGAUCACCACUCCAAGUAGGAGAAACCGGCCCAGGGCUCCCUUAGAGCCGAGAACAGUGAGCUGGCCAUGACGGAGGAGGUAUGGAUGGGUACCUGGAGGCCCCAUCGCCCCCGGGGACCCAUCAUGGCCCUCUACAGCAGCCCUGGACCCAAGUACCUGAUUCCACCAACAACAGGCUUCAUGAAGCACACGCCCACCAAGCUGCGUGCACCGGCCUACAGCUUCCGUGGGGCCCCCAUGCUCCUGGCAGAGAACUGCUCCCCAGGGCCCCGUUACAAUGUAAACCCCAAGAUACUGAGGACUGGCAAGGACCUUGGCCCUGCCUACUCCAUCCUGGGGCGCUACCAAACCAAGACCAUGCUGACUCCUGGUCCAGGUGACUACUUUCCAGAGAAAUCCACCAAGUACGUGUUCGACUCAGCGCCCAGCCACUCCAUCUCUGCCCGGACAAAGGCAUUCCGAGUGGACAGCACCCCAGGCCCCGCUGCGUACAUGCUGCCCAUGGUAAUGGGGCCCAAUACCGUCGGCAAGGCCUCCCAGCCCUCCUUUUCCAUCAAGGGCCGCAGCAAGCUGGGCGGCUUCAGCGACGACCUACACAAGACCCCAGGUCCCGCAGCCUACCGCCAAACUGAUGUGCGGGUGACCAAGUUCAAGGCUCCGCAGUACACCAUGGCUGCCCGUGUGGAGCCCCCAGGGGACAAGACCCUCAAGCCAGGACCAGGCGCCCACAGCCCUGAGAAGGUGACCCUGACCAAGCCCUGCGCCCCAGUUGUCACCUUCGGCAUCAAACACUCUGAUUACAUGACUCCCCUGCUUGUUGAUGUGGAAUAACGCCAGCCCUGCUGUGCCCCAUCACACCCGGCAUCUACACAAGAUCCGCCGGGCCACAGAGCUCGAGGCUGUCUUCACCAGCUGGGCUGGGCCAGCCUGGCCCUGCAGGGCAGAGCACGCUUGUUUGGGCAAUUGUAAUCAGUUACUUUUUUUCUAUGCUAUUUUACCAUUUUUUAAUCUUGUUUUCUGCUGUGCCCAAAUUAUUAAUAAAUCAGAUUGCAUUAAUAAGGGUUUGUCUUGGUGGAAGGAUCAAGCUUUUCCAGAAAGGAGCCCCCAUAGGCUGUCAGCACUUGCCCACAAGGGGUCCCAUCCUGCCUUCUAGGGCCCAGGGUCUGUGUGGGGAGAGAUGGGAGGGCCUGAGUACCUUAGACACCCUGCUCCACACGGUCCCUCCUGAUGCUUUCUGCCUUGAACCCAAAGACGGCCACACCUGUGCUCAUCACCUCUGAGCAAUGUGGGUCCCUUCCCUUGAAUCUGGACUACAGCCUGUGGGUGUCCUGAGUAAUGAGGUAUGGCAGAAGUGAUGCCACCAGGCUCCCGAGGCCACGCACACAACAUACCAAGGAAACAGCUUCCGCCUGGACACCAGAGCCCACCCCACCCCCACCCUUCUGCCACGUGUCCAUGUUUGCUCCAGCACCAGCCAUCAUGUUGUGAGGAAGCUCAACCAUGGCGAGACUGAAUGCACCAUCCCAGGCAGUCGGCCCGGCCACAGGCAGUCAGCCUGGCCAGGCCCUCCACUCACCAGCACUGACCUCUGGACCUGUGAGUGAGCCUUCAAGUGAAGGCAGCCCCAGGACCACAUCUCCCAGUGAGGCCUCGACACUGUAGAGCAAAGACAGCCAACCCUGAAGCGUGCCCCGUCUCAAAUUCAAUGAGACAUGAUAAAUCACUGCUAUUUUAAGUGAAGUUUUAGGGUGACCUGUUACACAUCAAUGGGUAAUACAGGGAGUACAAGGAAGACAUGGACAGGGAAGGUGGGGCAUCCGCUGGGCCUGAAGAGGGGGAUUUCCAGAGGCUGCCCAAGAGUCCAAGGCCAGGCCUCAAGAAGUGGAGUCUGGAUUUCAACUCAGGCUUUCAGGGAGGUCACUUUAGGACGGGUGACCUCAACAGACACACUGGUAGGACCAUCACCUGCACCUGUAUAAAGCACAGUACAGCUGCUGACCUUCACUUUGCUGUGAUCGUGCCAGGCUGUGUAUUCGAAGCACUUCAUGUUUACUCUCUUUUUCUUUUUUUUUCUGAGACGGAGUCUCGCUCUGUCGCCCAGGCUGGAGUGCAAUGGCACAAUCUCAGCUCACUGCAACCUCUGUCUGCCAGGUUCAAGCAAUUCUCCUGCCUCAGCCUCCUGAGUAGCUGGGAUUAUAGGCACUUGCCACCAUACCCGGCUAAUUUUUGUAUUUUUAGUAGAGACGGGGUUUCACCAUGUUGGUCAGGAUGGUCUCGAACUCCUGACCUCGUGAUUCACUCACCUUGACUUCCCAAAGUGUUGAGAUUACAGGCAUGAGCCACCGCGCCCGGCCAACUCACUUAUUCCCUAAGUGGUGAUGCUAUCAGGAUCCCCAUCUGCGUUUCAGGAACUUGGGCAGGGAAGGGUAACACAGCAGGAAGUGGGUGAGUGUGGGGCAAAGGAAGAGAGGUCAGACUGUUACUGUACCUACCUAGAAAAGGAAGACAAAAGAAACCCCAUCUUGAUCUGUACAAAGAAAAAUUGUUCUGCUUUGAGAUGCCGUUAAUCUGUAACGUUAGCCCUAAUCCUGUGCUCACAGAAACAUGUGCUGUAUUAAAUCAAGGUUUAAGGGAUUUAGGGCUAUGCAGGGUGUGCCUUGUUAACAGUAUGUUUGCAGACAGUGUGCUUGGUAAAAGUCAUCACCAUUCUCCAUUCUCUAUUAACCAGGGACACAAUGCACUGCGGAAAGCUGCAGGGACCUCUGUCCGAGGAAGCCUGGGUAUUGUCC